ACAGGCAUUUUGUGGCCCUUUAAUUCCCCCACUAUGGGCUCACUGGCCUCUGACCUUCAGGAAUAAUAACAACGUGUCUCCCAGAGUCCCCACGGCCACAGACAGAGCCCAACCUUUGCCUGGGACAUUGGUGCCAGCCACCACCAGCACAUUUCUGGACUUGUACCCUUUCACUCCCCUCCUUUCCCUGGAUUUGAAGGCAAGCCAAGAUCAGCCACUGGGUUUAGUGUCUGCUCAAGGUGGCACCAACCACCCCAGGUUGAAGUGGUGGGAAGAGGCAGACAGUACCUGGCAGGGCUGUGCGUACCACACUGUAUGCCUGGGAAUUCACCUUUUCCACUCCUGCUGCCCCAAAGUGUCUGCACAAUGAUAGAUGAACCCUCUGCCAGCACUGGGGGCUUCACUCCAACACCCAUGUGAUGCUGCAGGGGCAAGAGGACACUCUGAGGAGCUUGCAGGGGGCAACAUCUGCACCACCCGUGGGGUGAACUCCUGCAAGCAGUGCUUGGCUGUCAGUCCCCUCUGCACCUGGUGCUCUGCUGAGGUCUGGGCGCAGUCGACCCCUCGCUGUGACCUACGUGCCAACCUCCUGCACAACGGCUGCGGCUUGGAUCACAUUGAGUCCCCCAGCAGCAGUGUCAUCAUCGUGGAGGACCGGCCCCUCAGCAGCAAGGGCUCGGGGGGGUCCACCACCACUCAGAUGAGCCCCCAGAGAAUACAGCUGAACCUGCGGCCAGAUGACUCCCAGGUCUUUCAUGUUCAAGUGCGUCAAGUGGAAGAUUACCCAGUGGACAUCUACUACCUGAUGGACCUGUCCAACUCAAUGAAGGAUGAUCUGAGGAACAUCCAGAACUUGGGCACAAAACUGGCCAGUGAGAUGCGUAAGCUCACCAGCAACCUACGCAUCGGCUUUGGGGCCUUUGUGGACAAACCCAUUUCCCCCUAUAUGUACAUAUCUCCUCCAGAAGCCGUCAAGAACCCUUGCUAUGAGAUUGGGGAAACCUGCCUGCCUAUGUUUGGGUACAAACACGUCCUGACGCUCACGGAUGAGGUGACUCGCUUCAACGAGGAGGUGCAGAAGCAGAGUGUGUCCCGGAACCGUGAUGCACCUGAGGGCGGCUUCGAUGCCAUCAUCCAGGCCACUGUGUGCGAUAAAAAAAUUGGCUGGAGGAAUGAUGCUUCCCACCUGCUUGUCUUCACCACGGACGCAAAGACCCACAUUGCGCUGGACGGGCGGCUGGCUGGCAUUGUGCAGCCCAAUGAUGCACAGUGCCACAUUGACAAGGAUAAUUUCUACUCUGCCACUACCACUCUGGACUAUCCCUCUCUAGGCCUGAUGACUGAGAAACUCUCACAGAAGAACAUCAACUUGAUCUUUGCUGUGACAGAUACUGUUGUUGGCCUCUACCAGAACUACAGUGAGCUGAUCCCAGGCACAACUGUGGGCACCUUGUCCAGAGACUCCAGCAACGUCCUGCAGCUCAUAGUGGACUCCUAUGGGAAAAUCCGCUCCAAAGUGGAGUUGGAGGUGCGUGACCUCCCUGAAGAGCUGUCUCUGGCCUUCAAUGCCACCUGCCUCAACGACGAGGUGAUCCCUGGGCUCAAGUCUUGCAUGGGGCUCAAGAUCGGGGACACGGUGAGCUUCAGCAUCGAGGCCAAAGUGCGGGGCUGCCCUCAGGAGCAGAAGAAAUUCUUCACCAUCAAACCUGUGGGCUUCAAGGACAGCCUGACAGUGGAGGUGAACUUCAACUGUGAGUGCUCCUGUGAGAGCCAUGCCGAGGCCAACAGCCGGUCCUGCAGCCAUGGCAAUGGCACGCUGGAGUGCGGCGUGUGCCGCUGCAACCCUGGGCGCCUGGGCUCACACUGCGAGUGCUCAGAGGAGGAGUACAACCCCUCACAGCAGGAUAACUGCAGUCCCCAGCCAGGCCAGCCCCUGUGCAGCCAGCGUGGCGAGUGCAUCUGCGGGCAGUGUGUGUGCCACAGCAGCGACUUUGGGAAGGUGACGGGCAAGUAUUGCGAGUGCGACGACUUUUCCUGUGUUCGCUUCAAGGGCCAGAUGUGCUCAGGCCAUGGGCAGUGCAGCUGUGGGGACUGUCUGUGCAACUCAGACUGGACAGGCGACUACUGCAACUGCACCACGCGCACUGACACCUGCAUGUCCAGCAAUGGGCUGGUGUGCAGUGGCCAUGGCUCCUGCGUAUGCGGCCGCUGUGAGUGCACUCAGCCUGGGUCCUACGGAGACACCUGCGAGAAGUGCCCCACCUGCCCAGAUGCCUGCACCAUCAAAAAGGAUUGUGUGGAGUGCAAGAAGUUUGAGCGGGGAAAGCUAGUGGAGCAGCAGUCCUGCAGCCGCAUGUGCCGUGAUGAGAUCGAGACGGUGCAGGAACUGAGUGACAGAGGCAAGGAUGCUGUGAACUGCACCUAUAAGGAUGAGAAUGACUGUGUGAUGAGGUUCCAGUACUACGAGGACUCCAGUGGCAAGUCCAUCCUCUACGUCAUUGAGGAGCCUGACUGUCCAAAGGGGCCAGAUGUCCUGGUAGUCCUGCUCUCAGUGACAGGUGCCAUCCUGCUUAUUGGCCUCACUGCCCUGCUCAUCUGGAAGCUCCUCAUCACCAUCCAUGAUCGCCGUGAAUUUGCCCGUUUCGAGGAGGAGAAGGCCAGGGCCAAGUGGGAUACGACCCAUAAUCCUUUAUAUAAAGAGGCCACAUCUACCUUCACCAACAUCACAUACCGCGGGAACAUGUAAGGAUGCCACAUCCAGCACUGGCCAAGGGAUCAGCUGAGGAUCCAUGGGAUCUCUUGGAACCCAGUUUACAGAAGAGCUUGUUUGUGUCUGCCUGUGUGAAUGACUGCAUGUAAUUUAACAAGUCCCUGACUGCCUCCAACCCCUGUUGUCUGUAACUGCAGGGACAUGCUUUCCAUGGCAAACCUCGGUCCUUACCUCAGCGGGCCGCUUGCAGAGCCAGCAGCCCCUCGAUACACUGAACACAGAGAAACGGGAUGAUCUCUGUCAGUCUGUGAACUCUUUGGUGCUCAUUGGGCCAAGAGCAUUUCAGGAGCAGCUGCUUGAACCACACGCUGACCUGUGCUCUCCUCCACACCCUGCGUGGAGGUCUCGCUUUUGUUGCUUUGGAGACCCUUCUGCACUGGCCUCGGUCCCUCUGGACACAGGGACCUUCUCUUUGGGACAGGGCAGCUGCCAGCAGGCAGGAGCCAUCACUGGUUUUGGGGGUUCAGGACACUGCUUGAAAAGCCCAGCAGCUCCUUUUUUCUUGCAGCCAUAUGUCACUGGUGCUGCUGUGCCCCACAUAACAGUGCCUUCCCUCACUCCCUCCAGUGCAUUCAGUCUACACCACCUGCCAUCACCAGCUGCAGCCUGGCUCAGCCCCUGGGAUGGUGCUGAGCUCCUCCUGUCUGCCUCCACUGUCCCCAUGUCCCAGCACACAUGGAUGUGCACCAGCUGCUUCAGGAGGUGUCAUAACACUUGAUAUGCCUUGAGCCUGGCCACCUCUCCCUUUCUGUGUUUUUUGGACUGUGUAACUGCACCACUCCUGGACUUCUGUGUGGCUCAGGGUUCCAGAAGGGCAGGCAGGGCUCAGGCUAUGUCCUGCUGCCCGGGGCUGUGUGUCACCCAUGGAGGAAAACAAAGAAUUAUCCCAGGGGAAAUGCUGGGCUGUUACAGAACUGCUGCCUGGUUCUUGCCCUGCCAGAGCACAAUGGCUCAAUUCCCUUCAAUUGCCCCAAAAAGCAACAGCAACCUUGUUCCUGGCGUGAAGUUGGCCCCAGCGGCCACAGCAGUGUGUUGGCUGAGCUGGUGGUGGCCCUGUGUCCCUCCUCCCUGGCUGGCCUGUCCGAGCAGUGUGGGAGCAGGGGCAGGAGUUGGUGCUGAGUGGGAUCUGGGGCAGAGCCCUGGAGGGGGGCUGGGGAUAAAUGGGAAGCAACAGAGUGCCAGUGAUUCACAUCACAAAAAUAAAAAUAAUUUUAAAAAAUUAAAAACACAAACAAACAAACAAAUAAAAGGCACUCAGACUGCUAUCAGUGUCAUCCCCAGCCUGUGCCCAGCUUUCUGUGCUGAAAGCAGCCCCAGCACAACUAGGAGACCUGGUUUGAGACAAGAUGUGUUCAGGGAUGGCAGAACCAGGGUAAGCAGGGCUGUGGGCCCCUCACAGGGGUCUCUGCACUGUUACUGGUUCCCUCCUCAGGGUCAGUAACAAGUUGGGGGGCACAGGGUGGGCCAAAGCCCACUGCAGACUAUGGUACUAGCAGCACCUCACUCCCUUGCGACUGGAAUGAACCCCAGCACGACACAUGCUGUUUGCUUGGGUCUCUGACACCACAGACACACUGCAGGCUCCCAUCCCACACUGUGUUCAAGUACCUUGGGCAGUGUUUAGUGUCCCCAGCUGUGCCAGGCAGGAGCUCAGUCGGUAAUUCCAGCACCCAGGUGGGAUCUGGGCUUGGGUUGAGGUGAGCCCAGCUGGGUUUGGCCACAGGAGGAGCAUUUUGUCUGCUGGUGGGCUGAGGGAAAGGCAAAGGCAAAGACAGAGCCUGGCAGCAACAUGAUAAAACAGGAUGAGCCCCCUGAGGCUACCUGGGGCUACUUUCACUGAAGAAACCCCAACGAUUCCACAUACGCCAUUCAGGCAGGAGACUUGCACUUCCCAUGGAGCUGUGGGAUUAGGCAAGACCCCAGUUAAUCCCAGUUCACUGUCCCUUGAUGUCAGUGGGCAUUGCUAUUUGUAGGACCAAGCCCAUGAUCACAAGGAGCAGCUGUUGGGAGUCUGGAUGGCUUUUUCCGCCCUGAAAUCAAGGCAAUGUCUCUGUGUCGGCCGGAGUAGAAAAGAGGGAGCAGCCGGAGGUCCCUCCUGGGGCAGGGUGUGGACUUCAUGGGUGCUCUCAGCACCCUGGGAGAAGCCAUUUGGCAGCGGCAGUAGCUCCAACCUUGCGGAACGUGCCAAUUCCGGGCUGCAUGGAGGCUGUUUGAGCCCGGCACCACUAGAUGGUAGUGUCUGUACGUGCCCAGCCCAAGCUUUCCACCUUCUGGGCUGCUGAGUGAUCAUCUCCCACACUGGAGAAGGACAUUUGCGCCACGGAGGUUUCCAGGGAGUGGGGACACCCUGAAACCCAUCCCACUGACACAGCUCCUACAGCAACACUUAAGGCUAGGAUUCUUUUUACUGCUACUUUAAUUCCUGGAAGCACUAAAGUGAUCUCAUUCCUUGGACCCCAUCAACUCAUUUUGUAAACUGUUUUCUGUUAAUAAACCCCAAAAAUAAGCAAAGCACUUCCAGUGCAGUCAGAAGAUGACAAAA